GCAACAAAGAUACUAACGUUGAACAUGAAAAUUCAGGUAGGGCAAAGGUGGAAGGUAGCGUGGCGCGACGGUACGGUGCACCUCGCCGAGAUCGUCGAGAUCAGGAAGGCGGAGGGAAGCUCGGACGCCGCCACGGCCUCCGCCGCUGCCAAGGCUGGAUCUACGGAUAAAGAUAAGGCAGCUCCAAAGGCCGCGGCGGCUGGAGGUGAGCCCAGCGGGUCUAGCAGUGCAGGAGGUGGAGGGGCUGUUUACGUGCACUAUGUGGACUUCGACCGGAGAUUGGACGAGUGGGUCGGGAUGGAGCGCGUCGACCUGGCGGCGGGGCAGCAGAGAGCGGUGGCGCACCAUAACGGGGACAAGCGACGGGUGACGACAAGGAUGAAACGAAAGUACGAUGAAAUGGGCUCAAAAAGCGGGCACGGGGGGGGCGGCGACAGAGAGGGGUUGGACGCCAACAUCGCCAUGUUGGAGAAGGAGCACGAAGAGAUUACCAAGGUGGGCAAGUCACAAUGUACGGCGCAAGAAAAGUAUGUGGCGUGUCGCACCCCCACCUGGCAGAUACCGUAUAUGACACAAGAUAACACACCACCUUGA